CCGGCGUUGUUCGUGUGUCAAAGUUGGAGACCGGACGCUUGAACGGUUACGUUUGCACUUUCAACGCUCUUCCUACGACUUCUUCGUUUUUACCGCUUACGGAGAAAGGUACAAAUUUCUUACUACUAUAAGUUUUAGUACGUGAUUCUGGGCAAGAUAAUCAUGUUAGGAUGUUAAAAUUUUUAUAUUCCGCUGCCUAUCCUUGCAUGGUUACCUUUCAGUUUUUUGCUAUUUAUUUCCUUGUGUUCCUUGACCAAGAUGGCAUCCCUGUCCUCAAAUGUGGUGAAUUUGAACACCGGCGCAGCAGCGCCAAGGAAUAUAAUAAUGAGUGUGCAACCUCGCAGAGCUUAGUUUUGCUGCCAUCUGGAGAAGCGUCCUUAGCGGCGGACUGGGCCCAAGUCCCCUGGAAAGGGGCGCCGGAGAGGGUGAGAGCCCCGUCGGGCCUAGACCCUGUCGCCCCACAAGGUGCUGUCUUAGAGUCGGGUUGUUUGGGAAUGCAGCCCAAAUUUUGUGGUGAAUUCCGUCCAAGGCUAAAUGCAGGUGAGAGCCCGAUAGCGAACAAGUACCGCGAGGGAAAGAUGAAAAGAACUUUGAAAAAAGAGCCAAGGAGUGCUUGAAAUUGUCGAGAGGGAAGCGGAUGGAGACCGGCGAUAGGCCCAGGUUGGAUGUGGAACGGUGGUUAGCCGGUCUGCUGAUAGGCUCUGGGUGUGGAUCAGCGAGAAUUCAGGUGGGGGUUGAAGCUUGGGCAUUUGAUAUGCUAGGGGAAUGCCAACUCUUGUAUUGUGGGAAGUAGUGGGCGCCCCGCGUGUGCUUUGGCACCUGCGUACUCAGGUCGUUGACUUGUGGGCUCUCCAUUCGACCUGUCUUGAAACACGGACCAAGGAGUCUGACAUGUGUGCGAGUUGGCGAGUGGAAAAACUCGCAAGGCGUAAGGAAGCUGAUUGGCGGGAUCCCUCUUCGGGGUGCACCGUCGACCGACCUUGAUCUUUUGAGAAGGGUUUGAGUGUGAGCAU